CAAAUUCCCAUAUCUUCUCGUCUCAAUUCCCAAUUCACAAACACCAAAUCCGCAAUGGCAACCAAACUCCAAACCUUCUUCAUCACCGCUCUGUUUCUCUUAUCAUUUUCCCUCUCCUCCUCCGCUCAGAUUUGCAGAAACUAUAAUGGCUUCGCCAACAAUGAAGUCUUUGCAGCCUGUGUAGAUCAUCCAGUCCUCAACUCUUUCCUCCAUUGGACCUAUAAUCCUUCAAACUCGACGCUCAAAAUCGCUUUCAGACGCCCUUCCACUAGUCCCAAUCAAUGGAUUGCUUGGGCCAUUAACCCACAAAGCCUCGCCAUGUUCGGUUCUCAAGCUCUCAUCGCUUACCAGAAUUCCUCCGGCGUCCCCCAUGUUUACUCUUCCAGUAUUGAUCUUCCCUUUCCGACUAUGCAACAGAGCCGCUUGAGCUUUGAAGUUCCCCAACUUUCAGCUACUUAUGUCGAUAAUGAGACGACAAUUUUUGCAACUAUUAAUCUUCCGGCCGGUUUGACCACUAUCAAUCAGGUCUGGCAGGAAGGUCCGAUGGAUCAGGGCUCGCCAAUUUCUCAUGCCCUAACCGGCGACAACAGACGGUCACUCGGUACUCUGGAUUUGCUUACUGGGUCCAGCACGGUGGCGGUGGAUUCCGUUCUCAAGAGAAGAAAUAUUCAUGGAGUUUUGAAUGCGGUGAGUUGGGGGACUUUAAUGCCAAUGGGAGCCAUUUUCGCAAGGUAUUUGAAGGUCUUCAAGGGUGCAGAUCCGGCUUGGUUUUACCUUCACGUCGCCUGCCAGACUUCCGCCUACGCUGUCGGUGUCGCCGGUUGGGCCACCGGUAUCAAACUCGGCGGCGAGUCAGCUGCAGUUCAAUACACCACCCAUCGCAACAUUGGGAUUGCUCUGUUCGUCUUGGGAACUCUUCAGGUUUUUGCUUUGCUUUUGAGGCCAAAUAAGGAUCAUAAGUACAGAAUUUACUGGAACAUUUACCAUCACUCCAUGGGAUACAGUGUGAUCAUUAUGAGUAUCAUCAAUGUGUUUGAAGGUUUGAAAAUCUUGAGUCCUGAAAGUAAAUGGAGAAAGGCUUACACUGGAGUCAUCAUCUUCUUGGGAGCUGUUGCCUUUGUUCUUGAACUUAUUACAUGGUUUAUUGUCAUCAAGAGAAGGAGAUCCAACUCCAACAAGUUCCCACAUAACGUCGAUGUUCAAAGUGCCAAAGUAGAAAACAGAGUCUAGUUCCCCUGUUUUAUUACAGUUAUUACUCUGUUUUCUUCUCAAGUUCCAUUAGUUUCCGAGGUUUUGGGUUUUGUUUGAUUCUUUAUGUAAGAGUUGUUAGUGUAUGUUUUUUUUUGUACUCAUUUUUGUAAAAAUAGGCCUAGUUUUUUCUCAUCAAUUAUUAUAUUGUGGAAUAUUGUUUUCCAUUAUAUCAAAUAAAUAAAUCUCUUCGGUAGUUAUUUUCUAUUAUAAAUA